CAAUGCGUCAAACACGAGCGUGUCAGCGGGACCCGGUGCGCGUAUAAAUACCGCGAGGCGACCCGGAGUGAGCUAGUCAUUUAGAAGAGCGCAAAGACAGCGAGGAACUCCUCAUUUUACUUCAGACGAUAUUUAUUUAUUUAUCUAUUUAUUCUGAGCCUUGCUUUGGGAUGAACAGACUGCUUCUGAACUUUUUCUGGGUGGCAGCAUUCAGCGCACUCCUUUCAGCGCCGGGGCUCCGCGCUUCUCCAGUGGUUGGGCAGGAACCUAUUCGCUGCGCCCCGUGCUCCUCGGAGCGGCAGGCCGAGUGUCCUGCGGUGGAUGCCGGCUGUGAGGAGGUGCUUCGAGAGCCCGGCUGCGGCUGCUGCCUCGCCUGCGCGCUGAAGAGAGGGGACCCGUGCGGGAUCUACACUGCGCCCUGCGGCUCGGGGCUCCGCUGCUUGCCGAAACCCGGAGAAGCCCGACCCCUGCAUGCUCUCACCCGAGGACAGGCGGUGUGCACUGCGACCCCCGAGCCUGACCAGAGCCAAAGCGACACAGCGCCAGAUCAUCCCGAAACUCUCAACGGGGCAACGGCAGUGAAUGAAGGCAGCUCAGCGGUCUUCGUGACCGGGCACGGCAAGCCCUUCGACCCACGGGUCAUCACCGCUAAAGAGAGCAUGAAGGCCAAAGUCAACGCAAUACGCAAGAAACUGGUGGAGCAGGGCCCUUGUCAUAUUGAGCUCCAGACAGCCCUUGACAAGAUCACCAAAUCACAGCAGAAACUGGGAGACAAAAUGAACCGAUUCUACCUUCCAAAUUGUGACAAACAUGGUCUAUACAAAGUCAAACAGUGUGAAUCGUCUCUGGAUGGUCAGAGGGGGAAGUGUUGGUGUGUGUCAUCCUGGAAUGGGAAGAAGAUUCCUGGAUCAAGUGACCUGCCAGCAGAUGCCGAGUGUCCCGAGGAACUCAACCAACACACACACACACACACACACACACACACAGCUCAACCACUGAUCUCUCUCACACACAUACAAACACAUGUAAUACCACUGAAUUUUAUCAUUAUAUAUAUUUUUUUUAAUAUCUUAGUAUUUAUUUAUUGUUAGUGGUGGUAUUUAAUUCAGGUACACUGUUUUUGAUUGGUAAAUUCCCUGAACUCUCCAAAAAAAGGAAAAGAAAAUCUAUUUUUCUGUAAAGAAAAUAUGUAUUUUACAUGAAGUACCCAUACUUAUUUAUUUGAACUGAAUGUAUUCAUUUCGAUAUCUGGAUAAGAAUAUUUAUUCCUUAUGCCUUAUACAUAUUUUUGUAUGGUGUAAAUCUGUAUAUUUGAUGUAUCUGUGUCUCUUAUCUUAAACUUCCUCCAGGCUUGCUUUGUUGGAAAGGAAUGAAAUGGAAAAAAGCACUGCAUGACCAAACCUCUUUGUCACUGUCCGUACAUUGCCAUAUUUUUAUACUGUAUAUGUUUUGUUUUUCUAUUAUU